UUAAAAAUAUUUUCCUAUUUUUAUUGGAAAAUAUGUAUAAUAAACGGGUCUAACUGUAAUAAAUGACGUUUAAGCAGACUUUGGGUAAAAGUUUGACUGAACGAUUAAGAAAAAAUGACUAUAACAUUAUUCCACUGGGCACCAAAUGCUCCAUCAAGAUGCGUAUAUUUAACAUUAAAAACAAUGGGCUUAGAAUUUGUACUAGAAGAGAUUGAUAGAAGUUCUAGAGAUCAGUAUUCCCCAGAGUUUCUUGCGAAAAACCCACAGUUUAUAGUACCAACCAUAGAUGACGAUGGUUUUAUUUUAACGGAAAGUCGCGCAAUAAUUACAUAUCUAGCUGAAAAAUAUGCAGAGAUUGAUCCUUUCAGCUUAUAUCCAAAGGAUACACAUCCUCGUGCGAUUGUCAAUCAGAGGCUGUUUUUUGAUGCAUGUUUAUUAUACCCUGCUAUUCGUAAUGUUUGCCGAUCAGUUAUAUAUCGAAACGAAACAACAAUAUCACGUGACUUAAUAGAUGGAUUAAACAUAGCUCUAAACGAUUUAGACGUGUUUUUGGACUACGAUGAUUUUGCAUGUGGUAAUACGUUAACAUUAGCAGAUAUUUCCCUUUUCGCAACAGUUACAUCAAUUGAGACAAUUAACUGGAAUCUUAAACAAUUUAAAAAUAUUAAUAAUUGGUUAAAACGAUGUGCGACACGUAUAGUAGGGAUUGAAGAAAAUUCAAGAGGAUGUGAAAUGGUAGCAAGUGUUUUCCUUUCAAAAUUAAAACCGGAGCCGUCCUCAAAUCAACCAACCAUAUCAAACAAACCCAGUUGUUCACAAUCAUGCCAAUCCAGCCAAUCACAAGCCCAAUCUUGCACAUCAACACUAGACGAUUAAUGUUUAA